AUGUCAGGGACGGGCACUUAUCGUGCGACCCCGACACGUGGCCAGGGCAGAGGACAGAUGCCCUUCAACGACACUCCAGCAUCCUCAAUUCCCCGCCCAAAGCUUGACAACACGGCUCAGCAAAGCGAGACAGCUAGCUCUACGUUGUCAGCUAGUCGACAAAAGCAAUCUAAACGAGAUGAAGCAAUCAGACGUAAAAUGGAGGCGGACCUCAGCAAGAAGAAACAUGCUUCAAGUCGAGCACGGCAUACCCGAAAAGCCCCACCCGGUACAGUCCUUGCCUUGAAGCCAAGUCAGGCUCUCCAAAUCAAGCCAAACACGACCGUUGCGGAAGCCGCGCAGCUGAUGGCCGCCAAAAGAGAAGACUGUGUACUAGUGACAGACGACGACGAUAGGAUUGCAGGCAUUUUCACGGCGAAAGAUCUGGCGUUCCGUGUGGUUGGCGCUGGGAUCAAGGCAAGUGCUGUCAGCAUAUCCGAGAUCAUGACCAAGAAUCCGCUUUGUGCUCGGACCGACACUUCGGCCACAGAUGCCCUGGAUCUCAUGGUCAGGAAAGGGUUCCGUCAUCUCCCCGUUAUGGAUGAGAAUCAGGAUAUUUCUGGUAUUCUCGAUAUCACCAAAUGCUUUUACGAUGCAAUGGAAAAGUUGGAACGGGCCUACAGCUCUUCCCGGAAGCUCUAUGAUGCAUUAGAAGGUGUGCAAUCCGAACUCGGGUCUAGUCAGCCGCAACAGAUUAUCCAGUACGUGGAGGCGCUAAGACAGAAGAUGUCGGGCCCAACUCUAGAGUCAGUAUUGAAUGGGCUUCCACCCACAACGGUCUCGGUUCGGACAACCGUCAAGGAAGCAGCCGCAUUGAUGAAGGAAAAUCACACCACUGCUGUACUGGUUCAAGACCAGGGUUCAAUCACUGGAAUAUUCACCAGCAAAGACGUUGUUCUGCGUGUGAUUGCCCCUGGAUUGGAUCCUUCAAAUUGCAGCGUUGUCAGAGUCAUGACACCCCAUCCAGAUUUUGCCCCGGCUGACAUGAGCAUCCAAGCCGCUCUGCGCAAAAUGCAUGACGGCCAUUACCUGAACCUGCCCGUCAUGAAUGAGACUGGGGAAAUCGUCGGCAUGGUUGACGUGCUCAAGCUGACGUAUGCCACUCUGGAACAGAUCAACACCAUGGGUGGAGAAAGCGAAGGCCCGGCUUGGAACAAAUUCUGGUUGUCCAUGGACAACGACUCGGAGUCGAUGAUGUCUGGGGACGGCAGUCAUCGACCAACCACUCCAGGCCAUGGCUCAUUGAUGUCUCCUGGAGCCAGUCGUCCUCCAAUGGAAAGAGGAGAUAGCGUUAUGCCCAACGAAUCUGCUUCACAUAACGGAGACGAUGACCUUUCGGAGGCAGUGCAACCCGUAGCUGCUGCUCCUGAGGACAUGCCGUUUCCGUUCAAAUUCAAAGCCCCAAGUGGAAGAGUACAUCGUCUUCAAGUCGUUGCGUCAGCCGGGAUGGAAGAGCUUGUUGCUAAUGUCACCUCAAAGCUGGGACCCGAAGUAGAUGCGGUGGGUGGCGAGGCCAACGUGGACGAGGGCAAACUUGGCAAAUCUGGUUAUGCGCUGAGUUACAUGGACAAUGAGGGUGAUACAGUUUCCAUUACAACAGACCAAGACUUGAUCGACGCCAUUGCGCUUGCUCGACAAGGUUGCCGGGACAAAGUCGAUCUCUUCGUGCAUGAUCCUGCACAACCUCCUCUUGUUGCCACUGUGGAUCCCCGUCCGAACGUGUCCAAGCCACUGACGCCACCAGAAUCGGUCUUAAGAGAGAGGGCUGAGGCGGCGGCGGCGGCGGCGGCAGCAGCAGCAGCAGAGAGUGAUGAGGAGGUACAAGCCAAGCGGUCAAUGGGUACAAAGCAGGCUGUGACAGCUAUGAACGAGGGGCAACUGAUUGGUGGUGUCCCCAACGAGCUACUACUGCCGGGAGCAAUUGUCACGCUGGCAGUGGUCAUUGUGGCGGUCUUUGCAUUCAGCCGGGGUAGCAACAAAUGA